CCUCUCCACAGUAACAACGGUUAAAAGCUGUCAUGUCCAACUAACUGUUCUGUAGAAGGAGAAUGGUGACCCCCAUCAUUUCCUGGGAAGACGACAAGACUGUUGUUGCUGUUGUUAAGCCGGAAGAGGGACGAGGUCCGGACGAGGUGGUACCAGUAGCAGUGGGGAAGGAAGAGGAGGAAGAGAAAGAACCACCUCUAACAGCUCCGGAUGGAGGAUACGGAUGGAUCGUCGCUAUUUGUCAGUUUUUGUGUAACGCCGCAACAUUCGGGAACGUCACCAGCUUUGGCGUAUUCCUCAGUUUCUACCGUGAAAACAACUAUUUCCCAGGCACGACAGACAUACAGUACGCCUUCGUAGGCGGGGUAAUCGUGGCCGUCGCACUCGUCAUCUCCCCGCUCUCCAACUACCUCGGGAACAGGUUCGGCUUCAGAGCGCCUAUGAUAGGCGGUGUGCUCCUGUACACAGCGAGCCAGUUUGCAGCUGCAUUCUCAAGGACGUUCUGGGAGUUGCUCCUAAGUCAGGGGAUCGCCACGGGCCUCGGUAUCGGAUUAAUAUUCAUCCCGCUCCUCCCUAUCCUCGCCCAAUGGUUCACAAAAUGCCGCGCCCUCGCACUAGGCAUCGCCGCCGGUGGCUCAGGCGGUGGUUCUCUAGUAUUCAGCAUAGUCACCCGAGCAUCGAUCGAGUCCCUCGGCCUACGCUGGGCAUUCAUCGUCAACGCCCUGGUCUGCUUCGUUGUUCUCGUCCCUGCCGUCCUCCUCAUCCGGGACCGUUCCCACCUCGGGUCGAAGCACAAUACGGAGCCUUUGGAGCUGAAAUGGCUUGCCCACCCGGGCUUUGUCUGGGUCUGGCUGUGGGCCCUCUUCGCGCUUAUGGGCUACGUAUUCGGCGUCCUAUCUGUACCGACAUACGCUGUUUCCGGGCUCGGAUUAACCCAAACACAAGGAGCGAACCUGCAAGCUAUUCUAGCUGCAGGGCAGAUGGUCGGACGCCCGGCUAUAGGGCUAGUAGCGGAUCGGAUAGGCCGUAUAAACGCCGCGAUGACAUUUACGUUUGUGGCCGGAUUCUCCUGCUUGGUCAUAUGGAUGCUCGCACACUCGUACAGCGUGCUCAUCCUCUUCUCGAUCCUGCAAGGCCUAACGGGGGGCACCUUCUGGGGCGCUUGUGCACCCGUCACUGCCGAAAUAGUGGGAGUCAAGGAUAUGGGGAGCGCAAUGGCCAUGCUCUGGCUUGUGAGCGUUGUCCCCAACCUGGUGUCCGAGCCUAUCGGGAUCGCGCUGGUGAACUAUUCCCAGCAGCUGGGCAUGCAGGGCACGGACGCGUAUAGGAUAGGAAUCGGGUUCACGGGGGCAUGCUUUGUUGUCGGCUCGAUGACGCUCUUGGGGACGAAGAGAUAUGUACAGGGCAAUUGGAGGAUAUGGCAGAGGUCAUAAGACUUGUGGUGUAUACGUUAGAUCCUGUAUCGAUACUAAUUAUCGC